AUGGCGCUGUCGGCAUUGCACGUCGACCCGUCGAGGGUCCCCGAAAGGCCUGAGAGCAUCCGAACCUUUGCCACUCUCGACGAUGCCUUCCACAACGGCACUGAAUGGUCCCAGAAGGUGGAUGAUCCCUGGGAUCCUGCAAUACUGACGCUCGGUAAGCAUGCUUCGUACCCAUGGAAGCACUUUAUAAUAUUGGUCGGGCUGACUGACAGUGGCACAUCAGACGGCGGCGGAAUCCGUGGGUACUGCAGCCUCCUGAUAGUCCAACAACUCAUGCACGAGGUUGCCGCCUGCGAAAACAGGUUAGAGAGAGAAGAGGCAAUGGUUGGAGCAGACAGGAAACGAGAAGGAACCUCCACACCACCCUAUGAGCCAAAGAUAUUCAAGGAAGAAGAUCUCUUACCAUGCCACUACUUCGAUUUCAUGUACGGCACGAGCACCGGCGGCCUCAUCGCGACAAUGCUUGGGAGGCUACGGAUGAGUGUCCCGCAAUGUCUGGAUCUUUACCGACAGGUGGGAGACGAUCUCUUUGGCAAAAGACGGAGCGUAUUGCCCUUGACUACCAAAUAUCGCACCAAGCCUUUGGAAAGGGCCGUUCAAGAGAUCGUUCGGCGGCAUUGUAAAAUCCAUCCAGAAGGCGAGUGUGACGGCAAUGACUGGCAUCCCUGGAAUGUGGAUGAGGAGGAAGAGGACCCUGUGAGCUCCCUUUUCCUCCGACCAGCGGAGCGCAUCUGUCAAACUAUCUGCUUAACGGCAACUCACAACGAACGUGUCAACGAAGCGCACUUGCUCCGCACCUAUAAUCAUCAGUACAUAAACAUUCCCAACUACAUUACCCUUUACAACCAAGGUGCCGACAAAUUGCGCAUUUGGGAAGCGACACGCGCCACAUCCGCGGCCCCCUUCUACUUCAAGAUCCUCGAAGCCGACAUCCGCGGCGAAAAGCAAGGCUUCAAAGACGGUGGCAUCCGCGAGAACAACCCUGCCGGCGCCGCAUGGUCCGAAUUUGUCAGUCUCUACGGAGAAGACCGAAACCCGGCCUUGCUCUUAAGCAUUGGAACUGGACGGCCAGACGAAUCAGCCGACGGAUUUGCAAGCGCUUGGCCUGGCCCCUUUGGCACCAGCGCGCUUAUGCGCAAGGUCGCCGAGAAGUUUGCCGUGUUCAAGAAUGUGCUGAUCAAGUACACUGAAGGCGAGGAGCAGCACCGCGCGAUGGUGCGCAUCGCCAAGGGCGAGCACACCUGGUACAAGCGGUUGAACGUCGACUCGGGCCUGGAGAAGAUGAAGCUGGACGACUGGGAAAAGGGGCCCUGGACGGCCGCCGGCGCUCUAGCAGGACCUCCCCCAGACCGGCUAGGCGCCCAAAUCGUGCCCGGCGGCAAGACGCUGACGCGCAUGGAAGACGCCACACAGGCAUAUCUCACGCGCGAGUUCGACCACAAGUACGAUACGUACGCGCCACCGUUGACCAUGAUACGUCAAGCGGCCGAAAAACUGGUGCGACAGCGGCGUGCGCGCGAACAGACUGCGCACCUCGACCCACAUCGUUGGGACACAUAUAUGGGAAGAUGGCUAACGGGCGAAUAUACGCCCGAGGCCGACCGCCCCAUCGUCUUCGAUUGA